AUGGAUGAUGAAGAAUUGGGUGAUCUUGAUCUUCAAUUGAUGAAGCAGAAGCCCAAGUCUAAGUCAGCCAAACCUAUAUUUAAAAGAAAAAAGAUAGAAAAUUCUCUGAAUGGACCACGAUCACGUAUCUUAUUCAACGAUAUAAAUAGCGAAACUGAUGACCGAGAUGUCAGUGAGAUAAUGAAAAAGGUAGAAGGAGAGUCAAGUUUACAUACAGCACGAGGGCAAAGGCGUUCACCCACCAUAGAAAGUAGAGCUCAAUCUCAAGACGCAUCUCGAAAUCGAAAGCUACAGCAGGAGCAAGCACCCGAGUCUCAUCAGGAUGUAAAUAAGCGACGACAGUUUUUAUCUAGAUACAUGGCCACGACUAAUGAUGGCAACGACAAUACUCUUCAGGAUGAUUUAGUUGAGCAGACGUUGACUGGAGAGGAAGCCUUAAAACUACUUGAAGAUGAAUAUUCUGAUGAAGAUAAUGUUGAUAGCGACGGUGAAGCAGCCACUAAGCCAACCUCAAUACCAAACAUUUUACACAAUACUCAAUUGCCUUUUUCGUCAGCUACUAGAAAAAUCAUCCCACUGCACUCCAGUUUUGAACCACAUGUCUCCAAACGACAGUUUUUAAAACAACUUGGUGAAGAAUACAAAGACAAAAACAAUUAUGACGAUGGUUCGGGAGAUUUUGAACAGAAUAACAAUAACAACAAUGCAGUUGGCGCAAAAGGCGGUGGCGGCGGCGGCGGCGACGAUGAUGACGACGACGACGACAGAAAUUAUAACAAUCUCAACGACGAAGAUAUGGGCGUGUUAAAGUCACAAGGAAUUGAUUUCGAUCGCAAAUUUGACUGGGAGUUACAAAGUGAGAAUGAUGCUGAAAGUGGAUCGGAAAGUGAAUUAAAGCCUAGGACAAAGUCACGUUUUAUAGUACCCGACGUGAAAAUUCUUUCCGUUGAUGAGCAAAUUGCUAGGAUUUCAAAUCUAUUGAAUGAGGCUCACGAGAAAAAGGCUGAAAUGGAUAAGGAAAAUUUGGAGAUUAUUAGACAUAGGGAGGAAAACUUACGUGUAAGAGAGACCUUGUGUCAAAGAUUGAGAGAUAUCAAUCUUGACUAG